CUGGGUGGAUUUUGCCUUGGCUGGGAGACUAGUUGGCAGACAAAGCGGUGGGAUUCCGGGUGGGGAGUACGACGAUUCCACCCUCGGGAGAAACUUGUGCCCAGAGAGCCUCCGCAUCCAGCUGCUGGGAGGAGCCUCACUGCAGGUUCCGUCAUUUUCUGAGCUGACCCAGGCCGCUUAACCGGGGCCCGGCAGCCGCAGCUGGAUUCACGGGCACAUGCGGCUGAGGGGAGCCGGGGAAGCCUGGGUGCUUGGACCCCGCCGCGUGGCUUCAGAAUACGCGGCGACUCUGCGGCUUCUUAGGCAACUGCCAGGGCGGCUGCUUCGGAUGAAAGUGGGGCAAGAGCCCCCUCCGGCGCUCCGCCCUCGGCGGGAGGCUGUCGCCCGGCGUCUUCCUUGGAGAGAAAGCCCCAACCGCCCCCCUCGGACUUCCGGACGCGUCGAAGGAAGCGGCGGGACGGGGCGGCACUGGCUCCCGCACGCCCGGGCGAGUCCUUCCGGCGUUGGCCGGCUCCAACCGGCCGCCUCCCACGACGCCCCAGUUUGCGCGAGGGUCUCCCUGGGAAGAGCGCGGGGGGAGCCUCGCCUCCCAGCCAGCAGCCAUGGCCGCCGCGCCGAGGCCGCUUCAAACCGAGGCGGCCCGCCUGGGCGCCGCCUACUUCGACCAGCCCUGCAUCUCCCUGGCUAAAGCCCUGCUCGGACAGGUUCUGGUUCGGAAACUGCCCGACGGGCGCGAGCUGUGGGGGCGGAUCGUUGAAACCGAAGCCUAUUUGGGAGGGGAGGACACCGCUUCGCACUCCCGGGGCGGUCGACGGACCGCCAGGAACGCAGCGAUGUUCAUGCGACCCGGCACGCUGUACGUGUACCAGAUCUACGGGAUCUACUUCUGCAUGAACGUCUCUAGCCAAGGGGAAGGGGCUGCCGUCCUCCUCCGUUCCCUGGAACCCCUGCGGGGGCUGGAGACCAUGCGAGAACUGCGCCUGGCCCGCCAGCAGAAAGCCCCGGCCCGCCUUCUCAAGGACUGGCAGCUGUGCAACGGGCCCUCCAAACUCUGCCAGGCCCUGGCCAUCGACCGGAGCUUUGACCAGCAGGACCUGGGCUGCAACCCCUCCCUGUGGCUGGAGCCUGGCCUGGAAGCUUCUGGAGACCAGGUCCCCAUCUGCGUCCCCCGAAUUGGCAUCAGUGGGGAGUGGGCCCAGAAGCCUUUGCGCUUCUACCUCCAGGGCAACAAGUGUGUGAGCGUCAUUGACAAAAACGCCGAGGGGAAACGGCCACGUGGGGCCGUGGCAGAGAAAUGUCUUUAGCUUGCCGCACGAAGCGGGCAUGAACACAGAUGAUGCCAACAAAGGACUAGAAGGGCCGUUUCAGAUUUAUGUAUGUAAAUAAACAUGUUUUGCUCUCUUCCA